GCGAUCCCCGCCUAUGACGCCGUUCAUGGAAUCAUCAACCAGUCGCUGUUUGAUGCUCCAAACACAUCAUCCUCUGAUUCACAAAUCACAAUGACCUGGCAAACAGAAUUCUGGUCAUGGAUGUCACCAUCUAGCAUCAACACGGCUGAGACACCCUCAGUCGGACACAAUGCGCCCUCAACACCUAAACUUGCGAUUCCCGCACAAGAUGGCAAGCCAACAAUCGUGAGCUUCUUGAGGCACUGUGGAUGUCCAUUCGCCGAGAAGACCUUCCUCUCUCUCCGUUCCACCGCCUCCUCCCACCCAGAGAUACACUUCAUAGCCGUCUCACACAGCGACCAGUCCUCCACCGACCGCUGGCUUGCCUCACUCCCCGACCCUUCCAAAAACACGCAACCCAACCUCCAGAUUGUCGUCGACGCUGAACGCGAAGCGUAUGCGGCGUGGGGACUGGGUACAGCGAGCUUCUGGCAUGUGUUGGGGAGCAUCCCAAGUGUGAAGAAACUUGGAAGUGAAGAAGGAAUCUGGAAUCGGGACACGGAGAGCGGGAACAGGUGGCAGACUGCAGGGUGUUUUGGGGUGGAUGGAAGGGGUGUGGUAAGAUGGGGUGGCGCAGAUGAGAGAGCAGACGAUGUGCGGGACUUUGGAAAGGGUGUUGAGACGGUGCUUGGAACAAAGGAAGAGCAUGAGCGGGUUGGAAUUGCAGAGGCGAUGCAGGGUUGAAUGAGCUGGUUGUACGUUGAUAGAUGUGACGAACAUCUCUAAACCACUCAGUUUAUGUGAAGAGAUAAUCGCCACACGACAAUCAAAGUUUUGUAU